GGCAGAGGGGAGCGGAGCCCGCGGGGGCAGGGACGCCGCCGCCGCCGCGCUGCACGGACUAGCGGCGCCGCGAGAGGCUCCUCCCGAUCCCCGUCCGGGUCCCGGCUUCGACUCCGGCUUCGGCCCCGUCCCGGCCAGCGCGGAGCGGAGCGGAGCGGAGCGGGACGGCCGCCGGCAGCGGGCUCCGUGCAGCGGGCAGCGCUCCGCACCGCGCGGCGCUGGACGCCACGGGCGGCGGGCGCGGGGCACCAUGAUGAGCAACUACCCGGACGGAGAGGAGGACACGGUGGCGCUGCUGGCUCAUGACACCGGCGGCAGCAAGGAGCCGGAUCGGGGCAAAGAGGAGCUGAGCUCGGACAAGGGCCCCGAGAAGCCGGACCCGUCGCAGAAGCCCCCCUAUUCCUACGUGGCCCUGAUCGCCAUGGCCAUUCGGGAGAGCGCGGAGAAGAGGCUCACGCUGUCCGGGAUCUACCAGUACAUCAUCAGCAAGUUCCCUUUCUACGAGAAGAACAAGAAAGGCUGGCAGAACAGCAUCCGCCACAACCUCAGCCUCAACGAGUGCUUCAUCAAGGUGCCCCGGGAAGGCGGCGGCGAGCGCAAGGGCAACUACUGGACCCUGGACCCCGCCUGCGAGGACAUGUUCGAGAAGGGCAACUACCGCAGGAGACGACGGAUGAAACGGCCUUUCCGACCGCCUCCGACCCACUUCCAGCCUGGCAAGACUCUCUUCGGCCCCGACAGCUACGGCUACCUGUCCCCGCCCAAGUACUUGCAGUCCACCUUCAUGAACAACUCGUGGCCGCUGGCGCAGCCCCCCGCGCCCAUGCCCUACACGUCCUGCCAGAUGUCUGGUGGGAACGUCAGCCCCGUCAAUGUGAAAGGACUCUCGGGCCCGGCGUCCUACAGCCCCUACUCGAGGGUGCAGAGCAUGGCGCUGCCCAGCAUGGUGAACUCCUACAACGGCAUGGGCCACCACCACCACCACCCGCACGCCCACCACCCCCAGCAGCUGAGCCCGGCCAGCCCUGCGCCGCCCGCGGCCCCGGCGGCAAACGGAGCCGGCCUCCAGUUUGCCUGCGCCCGCCAGCCCGCCGAGCUGUCCAUGAUGCACUGUUCGUACUGGGAGCAUGACAGCAAACACAGCGCCCUGCACUCCCGCAUAGACAUCUAGGGAUGCUCCGGCCAGCCGCCGUCACAGAAAUGCACCGGCCCCGCUGCCCCUCUCCUACCCCGUCGCGUUCCCCUGCGCUCCGUGGCUCUCCUCCUCUUCUCUAGCCACGGACUUCCCUCUCUCUGUGCCCAAACUCUCGCCGUGGGGAAAUAGCAGCCUUUCCCCGCGUGUAGUGUCAGUGUAGGAGCCGUCCCUCCGUGAGAAGAAGGCAGUGUAAGUGUGGGGCUUCCCCUCGGGGCUGCUCCGGCCGCCUGGCUCCGGCCGAGCGGGGAUUCACCGGGAGUUUCUCUGCUCGUCUGUGUGGCUUUGUGAGUUGCUGGGUUUGGUGGGAGUUUUUUUGGUUUCGGUUUGUUUGCUUUGGUUGUUUUUUGUUUUAUUUUGUUUUGGUUUGGUUUUUUUUGUUGUUGUUGUUUUCUGUAUGGGUUUUUUUUCGGGUUUUUGUUUUUUGUUUUGUUUUUUUUUAUUGGUGGGGGGCGGAAAUGCAUCUAAUCAAAAAUUGGCUGUUCAGCCCUCAAAAUUAUGCUCCUUUGUAAUUCUGCCGAAAUCUUUUCGGGCUCAGCCAUGGGGAGAGUAAAGCGGAGAUUUGUAAAUAGCGGAGGCAUUUUCACGCGUGCGGUGCGGGGCUGGCGGGGCCUAAACACCACCGUGUGCCCGUGUUGUUCGUCUUCCUCCUUCUCUUCAUCCCCUCUGUCUUCUUCCUCGCUCUGCAAAGCACUGCGCUUCUUCCGAGCUGUGGCUUGUCGUUAAAAAAGUACUUUACGUGGGGACUGCUGUAACAGCAGAUGUGCGAUAUUGCUGGUUAAUAGAAACCGACAAACAGAACCCGCCAGGGUCACUCGUGGCACGUUUCGGCUGCGGUAAAUAUAUUUUUUAAAGGAGACAACGUCCUCUGAGGUCUUAAACGUAAUUUUAUACAGGUCAAAAAAAAAUAUUUUGAUGUUAUUAAAAGAAAAAAAAAAGAGAGAGACGCUUUCCUGUAAAUUGGGAUAUUUUUCUGUGAGCAUAUUAUUAUUAAUAAUGAAAGUUUAAACUAUCUGCAGUUUUUUUGCCCCCAAACCUGGCCCAAAAUGGAUUUUUCCGGUAGGUUCUGCUUUUGAAU